AUGUUUGUGUCGCUGGGGUACGUGACGGCUGCGUGCGCGUCGGACGCGAUGGUGGUGCAGUACGCGCAGCGCGAGCCGCUGGCGAUCCGCGGCCGCGUCCAGACGGCGAUCUACACGGUGCGCACGCUGACGGGCAUCAUCUCGAGCGUGAUCAUUGGUUUCGGGUUGAACGGUAUCAACUACAACGGGUCGUUCGAGUUCGCGAUGGCGCCGAACGUGCCGUACGGCAUCUGCUUGAUUCCGUGCGUGAUCGUGGUGCUGUCGACGAUCUUCAUCAUGGAGGAAGUCAAGACGCCGGCGGUUCCGUUCCGCGAGUGGGCCGGCAACUUUUGGGACUUGUUGCAGAAGCGCGUGAUGUGGCAGAUCUGCGCGUUCCGCUUCAUCAACAACGUGUUCCAAGGCAUCGGGUCGACGGCCGGGUCGCCCAUGUACAGCAUCUGGGCGAACGUGGAGCCGUUGAACGACGCGUUGUCGAGCGUGCUCGGCGGGUUCAUCUUUUCGGGCAUCUUGGUGGUCGUGGCCAAGUGGGGUCUGCACUGGAACUGGCGCUGGGCCAUCGCGCUCAGCUCGAUCGGUGUGAUCGUGAUCGACGGGACGAUCACGUUUUUCACGAUCUGGGAUGUUGUGCGCAACCAGUGGUUCUACAACGGCGUGGGUCUGGCGGACAACGUGCCUGGCGGCGUGCGCUUCAUCGUGGCGACUUACUGCGCCGUCGAGAUCGCCGACAUCGGGAACGAAGGCGCGACCUACGGCUUGAUCACGACCGUGUCCAACUUGGCGUCUCCGUUCGCGUCCGUGCUGUACAAGUACAUCGACUCGUACUUUAUGCUGUCGCAGGACGACAUCAUGGACGACACGACCGAAGUGCGUUGGGACGUGACGUACUCGUUCUUCAUCUCGUACGGGUGCAAGCUGUUUGCGUUGGCGUGGCUGUGGAUGUUGCCUCCCCAGCGCCAGCAGAUGCAAGAGCUCAAGAAGAAGGGCGGCAAGAGUGCGUUGGCAGGAGCGAUUUUGUUGCUCGUGUUCUUCUCGUGCUUGACCUUCUCCGUCACGACCAGCAUCAUGUCGAUCUACCCGUCGACCAAGUGCUACCGCAUUGCGGGCGGCAACGGCAAGAUGGACCCCAAGACGGGCAAGUGCCCUGCCGUCAAGGCCAAGAAGGGUUAA